CACCCCUAAUCAUUUCUGACCCCUCCCCCUUCCCUUUAAAGUCUCUUUGUCCCUUAAUAGCUUCAGCAUUAAGUACGCCAUUGGUGAGAGAAACAAAGAGUGUGUUAAUUAAGAAGAGCAAAAAUGCCUCUCAAGUUGGCGGGAGGAGCCACUGUCGGUGCCCUUCUCCUAUGCGUUGCUAUUUCUCUCUUUCACAUUGCUAGCGCCGAAGAUCCCUACAGAUUCUUCAACUGGAAUGUUACUUAUGGGGACAUUUACCCUCUUGGCGUUCGUCAAAGGGGAAUAUUAAUCAACGGACAAUUCCCAGGUCCAGAUAUUCAUUCUGUUACCAACGACAACCUCAUCAUCAAUGUCUUCAACAGCUUGGAUGAGCCCUUUCUCCUCUCCUGGAAUGGGAUCCAGCAGAGAAGGAACUCAUUCGAAGAUGGUGUUUUUGGAACAACAUGCCCCAUUCCACCAGGGAGGAACUUCACAUACAUACUUCAAGUGAAGGAUCAAAUUGGGAGCUUUUACUACUUCCCAUCUCUUGCAUUCCACAAAGCCGCAGGUGGUUUCGGAGGCAUCAGGAUUCUCAGCAGACCAAGAAUUCCAGUACCCUUCCCUGAUCCCUCAGGAGAUUACACUGUUCUCAUUGGAGAUUGGUACAAAUCCAACCACACGACUUUGAAAGCCCAUCUUGAUAGGGGUAAGAAGCUGCCUUUUCCUGAUGGAGUCCUUAUCAAUGGUCGCGGUCCUAAUGGUGUGUCUUUCAACGUAGAACAAGGAAAGACUUACAGGCUUAGGAUAUCAAAUGUGGGGCUUCAACAUUCCCUUAACUUUCGCAUCCAGAACCACAAAAUGAAGCUGGUAGAAGUGGAAGGAACACACACCCUUCAAACUUCGUACUCCUCUCUCGACGUUCACGUGGGUCAAUCUUAUUCAGUGCUGGUAACAGCCGAUCAACCUGCUCAGGACUAUUACAUUGUGGUUUCCACGCGAUUCUCCUACAAGGUCCUCACCACCACUGGAGUUCUUCGCUACAGCAACUCCGCGGGCCCAGUAUCAGGCCCACCCCCUGGUGGACCUACAAUCCAAAUUGAUUGGUCUUUGAACCAGGCCCGCUCAAUCAGGACUAACCUUACAGCAAGUGGACCGAGGCCGAACCCGCAAGGAUCCUAUCAUUACGGUCUCAUAAACACGACCAAGACCAUCAUUCUGGCGAGUUCUGCUGGUCAAGUUAAUGGGAAGCAAAGAUACGCAAUUAACAGCGUGUCUUACGUUGCUCCAGACACACCUCUUAAGCUCGCGGAUUACUUCAAAAUCUCUGGUGUUUUCCGGGCUGGAAGCGUAUCUGAAAGACCCACCGGUGGUGGCAUUUACCUUGACACAUCCGUCUUACAAGCUGACUACAGAACUUUUAUUGAGAUUGUCUUCCAAAACAACGAGAACAUCGUUCACAGCUAUCAUCUCAAUGGCUACUCUUUCUUUGUCGUUGGUAUGGAUGGGGGACAGUGGACACCUUCUAGCAGGAACCAGUAUAAUCUCCGAGAUGCAGUUUCACGUUGCACCACACAGGUAUAUCCCAUGUCAUGGACUGCUAUUUACGUUGCACUUGACAACGUGGGAAUGUGGAACUUGAGGUCUGAGUUCUGGGCACGACAAUACCUUGGCCAACAGUUAUAUUUGCGCGUUUAUACAUCAUCAACCUCAAUCAGAGAUGAGUUUCCUGUUCCAAAGAAUGCAAUUCUGUGUGGUAGGGCAAGUGGGAGACACACGCGACCCCUUUGAGCUAGCAAGGGUUUAAGGGUUCCACGCAUUCUAGCUUUAGAAUACAAAAAGUAAUUAACUUAUCUACUUCUAAUUUUAAUGUCGAGUGCUUUCGUUUAUUUAUGCUAUCUUCCAGUGGGUUUAUGAAUAUGUAUGAUUUUACCCCUAAAUGACCCCAGCUCGGGGUCACAUUAAUUCUUUCCCAGAGAGUUAGAGAGUGAGUGAGAGAGAAAGAAACAACAUAUUAUAUUAAUAUAUGUUCCCUUUGUAUCAUCUCGAAUUUUACUAGUAUUUUUAUUAAGUAAGGUGAAUGGGAUAAUGAAAGUUGACAUUUGGAUUUUGGGUUAGCAGGGCUAUGAUUCGUUUUAUUGUUGUAGAAGAGCAGAACAUUUCAUUUCAAUUGGUAUAUGUCUAAAUCCUUUUCCGCUUA